AUGACACAGGUCCAACAAUUGGUGAUCCCAACCUUUGAAACCGGAGCAAAUAUAACCCGUGAGGAACCGCCAGAACAACUCCAACAGGCGUUGUUGAUCACUGCUUUCCAUGAGCCGUUAGCCGUGCAAUCGAUCCCUAUCCCGGUGCUAGGAGACCAUGACGUCCUUGUGCAGAACAAGGUGGUUGGACUCAACCCGAUCGAUUGGAAGGGAAAGAAGUACCGGUUCGGAGUUUACAACUUCCCCUGGAUCAAUGGCCGUGAAAGUAGUGGUGUCGUGGUGAAAUGUGGUAGCAAGGUCACCCAUCUCGCCCCCAACGACGAUGUCAUUGUCAGCAGUACCAGCUACCGAGACAAUAGAACCAGCACCUUCCAACAAUACACUGCGAUCGAUUCGCGACUUGUAUGGAGAUUGCCCGAGUUCCUCUCCUACGAACAUGGGGCCACGCUCGGCGUUGGCUUGGUCACUGCAGGAGUCAUCAUGUACCAGAGCUUUGGCUUUGAGCUCUCAACCACUCCACAACCGGUCAACGGAACCAUUCUCAUCUGGGGAGGUGCCACCGUCGUGGGAAUCUAUACCAUCCAACUAGCCAAGAUCGCGGGAUUGCGGGUCAUUGCCGUGGCCAGCUUGCAACACCAACAAUACUUGCAAGACCUUGGUGCCGACGUUGUCAUUGAUCGUCACUUAUCCGCUACAGAAAUCGCCAAUCUCGUGCAAGAACGGGUCGACUACGGCGUGGACUGUGUGUCCAAGGAGACAUCACUGGUGGUGUUGGACAUCUUGAGCCAACGUGCCAAUGCCAGCGGAGCCUCCACCACCCCACCGCUCUUUGCCGGAAUCGUGGGACUCCCCAAAGAGUUCCCCACCAACGUGGAGUUCCGAGAAGUGGUCAUCAAGCUGUUCCACGAGGACGUCGAGUACGGCAAACGUUUCGUCGACGUGACCACCGAAUAUAUUCACAACCGGGCCAUUCAGCCCGUAAGACACAAGUCCUACAGCGGCGGGCUCCACCUGAUUGGCGACGGUUUGCAGGACCUCGAGGACAUCGGCGCCAGGGCCGAGAAGUACGUGGUCCUGAUCCAUUGA